AGGAUUUAUAUAAACAAAUAUAACCUUCACAAUGUAAUUGUAAUGAACAACAAAAAAUCAAAAUUUGAUAAAGUUUGAAUUCUUAAUUCAAUAAAGUCUGAAGAAAUGUGAAAAUUUUACCAUACUGUAAAGUGUGAUCAUUCAGUGAGCAAGUUAAUAUUAAAAUUAAAAAGUGUCAAUUACAGUUUCAAGAUGAAUCUGGGUUUUGCAAAAGAUUUUGAUUGGUAUAUUAUGAUAUUUAUGAUAUUCUGGAGGAUAAUUUCGGUAGCAAUAGUUCAAACUUAUCAUGUUCCUGAUGAAUAUUGGCAAUCAUUGGAAGUAGCUCAUCGUCUAGCUUUUGGAUAUGGUUAUCUAACAUGGGAAUGGCGAGAAAAGAUACGAAGCUAUAUUUGUCCAUUUCUCAUAUCUGUUAUCUACAAAAUCCUUGCCAUUCUCAGACUAGAUUACACUGAAUUAUUAAUUUAUUUACCGAGAAUUGCUCAAGCUAUUAUUAGUGGAUAUUCAGACCACAGAUUCUAUGUAUGGACUCGAAAUGAUUUUUCAGUCAUACUUCAAUUAUUUAAUUGGUAUUGGUAUUAUUGUGCUACAAGGACUCUAACGAAUUCUUUAGAGAGUUCAUUAACUGUGAUUGCCUUAUCAGUAUUUCCAUGGAAAAGAAGAACAAUUCAUGGUUCUAAAUACCUUUGGCUUGUUGGAUUGAUGUGUAUAAUAAGACCUACUGCUGCAAUUAUUUGGAUUCCUUUAUGCAUUUAUCAUAUUAUUUCAAGCAACGAUAGUAUGUUGAAAUUAAUAAAAGAUUAUUUAUCUAUUGGUUUGUGUACUUUGUGCUACUCAAUUGUAAUUGACAGUUUUUGCUAUGGAGAAUUCGUAUUUACACCUUGGAGAUUUUUCAAAAUAAACAUUUUAACUCCGAUUGCUGGUCAUUACGGUGUGGAACCAUUUCAUUGGUAUUUUACUUCAGCAUUACUAGUUCUACUUGGACCUACAGUAUUAAGUUUGCCGAUAGCUAUUCCUCAAGUGAUUAAACACCGAAAAUUAAUGCCACGACAAAUGGUUUGUCUUAUUACUAUUAUCUGGACACUCAGUAUUUACUCUUUACUUCAACACAAAGAAUUUCGAUUUAUAUUACCAUUAUUACCAUUGAUAAUUUACGUUUCUACAUGUACAGUCUAUCCUGAUAUCUUCACAAUACCAGUAUCAGUCAAGAAAUAUGUCGUAUUAUUGAUAAUUUCAUUCAAUUGUAUUGUUGCAUUGUACUUUGGAAUGGUUCAUCAGAAGGGAACACUGAAUAUUAUGAAACAUUUGAGGAAUGAAGUCCAUGUUAAUGGACAGUCUAAUGUGGAUAUUAUGUUUAUGACACCUUGUCAUUCCACACCGUUUUAUAGUCAUUUACAUAUUAAUGUUCCAAUGAGAUUUCUUACUUGUGAACCAAAUUUCAACAAUGAAGAAAAUUAUCAAGAUGAAACUGAUCAAUUUUUUGCGGACCCUAUGAAAUGGAUUAAUAAAAAUUACAAUAAUUCUACAGUGCCACGAAUUUUAAUAAUGUAUGAUAAUUUAGUGCCACGGAUUAAAACUUUUCUAGAUAAACAUUAUUACUUGGUAGUGGAAUUAUUUGAUAGCCAAUAUCCUCUACCCAAACGUAGUGGACAUAUUGUUAUGUACAAAUUUAUUGAAAAUGAAGUAAUGUAAAGAAAAUUUGUUACUGAUAUAAUUUAAUAAUUAAAAAUUGCAAAUACAA